AUGAAUAUUUCAUAUUGUAAAUAUUUAAUUAAUCGAUCUAUAUCUUCUAUUAUUAAUCAUAAAGUGAAAGAGCCUCAAUUUGGUCUACUUUUUGAUGUUGAUGGUGUAUUAACACGUGGAAGAAAAUUGUUACCAUAUACACGUGAAGCAUUUCGUAAAUUAGUUAAUUCAACAGGAGAAUUUCGUAUUCCAACUGUUUUUGUUACUAAUGCUAGUAAUGAAUUACAUACAUCAAAAGCAGCUAAACUUACUCAAAUACUUGAAAUACCAAUUUUACCUGAACAAGUUAUUUUAGCACAUAGUCCAUUGAAAAUGUAUACUGAAUUUCAUAAAAAACAUUGUUUAAUUAGUGGACAGGGACCUAUAGCUGAUAUAGCAAAAAAUUUAGGUUUUACAAAAGUAACAACAAUUGAACAAUUAUGUGAUGCUUUUCCAAAUUUAGAUAUGGUAGAUCAUAGAAAAAGACGAGGAUUCCAUUCACCAUUUCGAGAUUACUUUUUACCAAUUGAAGCUGUUGUUCUGUUUGGUGAACCUGUCAGAUGGGAAACUUGUUUGCAGUUAAUAAUUGAUGUUUUAAUGACUAAUGGAAAUCCAUCAUCACCUAUUAUUCGACCACCUAUUACACAUUUACCUAUUCUAGCUACUAAUCCAGAUCUUUUAUGGAUGGAUGAAGCAGCAUUGCCAAGAUUCAGUCAUGGGUCGUUUAUGCAUUGUUUGGAAAGUUUAUAUCAUAAAAUCUCUGGAUAUCCUUUACAAUAUACAACAAUUGUUGGUAAACCAAGUGAGAUCACAUUUUAUCAUGCUGAAUAUCUUAUAUCUCAUCAUGCACAUGAAAUGGGUCUUAAACAACCAAUAAAACGUCUUUAUGCAAUUGGUGAUAAUCCAAAUACAGAUGUCUAUGGUGCUAAUGUAUAUAAUCGUUAUUUACAAAGUCGAUCUUUAUCAAGAUUAAAUCAAGUUGUUUCACACACAGCAACUACUACUUUAUCAAGUGAUUCAAGAAAGAUUAUCGAUAAUGCUCAACAUUAUUAUUCAGCUGAAAGCUUAGAAUCAAUACUUGUUUGUACAGGUGUUUAUAAUCGUGAAACAUAUGAUGAAACAUCAGGAGAAAAUCAUGGACAUCGUGAUAUGAUUCUUGAUUUAAAACUUAGAAAAGCUAAACAUAUAUGUGAACAUGUUUUAGAUGCUAUUCAACUUAUUUUUAAUAUAGAACAAUUCCAUUAG